AAAUUUUUCAUAUCUUAUGAUGGCUUCAGAACAAAGCAUAGACGAUAAGAAGUUAGUGUUUGAAGAAAACGAACGAGUCCUGUGUUAUCAUGGUCCACUUAUUUAUGAAGCAAAGAUCUUGGAAAGAAGUUGGAUGGAUAAAGAUCCAGAACUAACAGGACCUUAUUACUUUGUUCAUUACAAAGGUUGGAAGCGAAGUUGGGAUGAAUGGGUUCCCGAGACAAGACUAUUACGCUGGUCUGAAGAGAAUUUGCAAAUGCAGUCGCGACUCAAGACCCUUUACCGCGUGAAACAGACAGGAAAAGAUGCAGCCCGUAGCUCGACUACAGAUCCAAGUAAUUUGGGCAAGCGUCGCCGUGAUGCAAAGCAAGAAAAAGAAGAAGAUUACCUCAGACGACCUGAAAUUCGACUCGAUAUUCCUGAUACAUUAAAAGGCCAACUCGUCGAUGAUUGGGAAAAUGUCACUAAAAAUCAACAAUUGGUCACUUUACCCAGAACAAUCACGAUUAAUGAUGUCUUGUCUCGCUAUAAACGUUUCAAAAAAGAAAAGAAAGGCAGCCGAGAAUUAAAUGAAGAAUUACUUGAAGAAGUGCUGCAUGGCCUUCGUAUUUAUUUUGAUAAAGCAUUAGGCAACAUGUUGCUUUAUCGAUUUGAAAGACACCAAUAUGCAGAUAUCUUGAGACAAUACCCCGAUAAAGAACUCGUUGAUAUUUAUGGUGCAGAACAUUUGCUAAGACUGUUUGUUCAGAUGCCUAGCUUAAUUGCUCAUACAACCAUGGAUUCUGAUGCAAUUCAUGUGCUGACUGACUAUUUGACAGACAUUCUGAAAUUCAUGCAAAAACAACAAAAGCAGUUAUUUCAAACAGAGUACGAAAGUGCUCCUCCUGGCUAUGUUGCCUUGUCUAAUAGCAAUUGAUGUCUU